AUUUCAGUGAAAAUGGUCCUAACUAAUGUUUAUUUGACAUCUGAUACAUAUGCAUUAUGCAUUGCUCAUGCAUUCACCAAUGAGAAAGAAGAAAUUAUGGGUCUUCUUAUUGGCGAGGUUGUUUUUUUUUUUGAUAAUUAUGAAAUAAAGAUAGACUGUGAAAAUGAGACCUGUCACAUUUCCUCAGCCAUGAUAUUGAAGCGUUCCGACAAACGACCAGAUAGGGUUGAAAUCUCCCCUGAGCAGCUCUCCAAUGCUUCCAACCAUGCUGAGCACUUGAGUGAAAAGUUGAACAAGCCAAUGAGAAUUGUUGGUUGGUAUCAUUCACAUCCACACAUCACUGUCUGGCCUUCCAAUGUAGAUUUAAAGACACAAGCCUCAUAUCAGCUGAUGGACGACAGAUUUGUUGGUCUAAUUUUCAGUGUCUUUAACCAAGAUAAAUCAAAUCGUACUAGCAGGUGGAAGGUACUCAUUUUUUAUUUUACAUCAACUCAGUACGAGAGAGUUGAUGUAAACGUGCACAUCACGCCGUCAACAACUAUGUGCACAUCAAUUCUCGAUUCCUACCAGCAACUACAUGAAAUUAUAUGGCAAGAAGAGAAAGAAUUAUUUGAAAGCACGAAAUCAGAUUCUUUAGAUCUCACGAGCUCUCUCCACAAUGGAGCAGUGUACACAAAGAACGUGGUUCAGAUAGUUGAGUGCAUCCAAGUACCUUUGAUGAACUUCAUGCAGGGAAAGCUCAAUGAAAACCUGAGGACAAUCGAACAUAUGAAACAAAAGAAUGAAAAGUUG